UAAUUUAAAAAAAUUAUAAAACUAAUCCAAGAACAAUUCAAUAAAAGCCUCCAAAAAUUAAUCUCAAACCACAAAAAUUUUACCUAACUUAACGACCAAGAUUCCUCGCUCCCUCCUUUUCUCACUCUUUGUGCGUGUGUUUACCUUCACUAAUGGGGUCACCCGAUACUAAAGCCAAUCCUCAAAGCCCCACCGCCUACGCCGCCGCCGCCGCCACCGCUGGUGAUAAUGAUGACGACUCCCAACCACCACCACCACCGCCUCCUCCUCCACGCCAACCUGUAUCCCUUGUACAGCCCUCUGCAAAGAAGAAGAACAAAUCUGCUAAAGUAUUUCGUGUCUUGCGCUCCGUUUUUCGAUCAUUUCCCAUCGUCUCGCCGACCAUCUGCAAGAUGACCAUCCCUCCCGGGAGCUUAUCCGACGGCCACCGUAGCAGCUCCACCAAUAGACAUAAGGUCACCGGGACUUUGUUCGGUUACCGUAAACAGAGGGUAAGUCUUUCCAUUCAAGAAAGCCCUAGAUGUCUUCCUUCGCUGGUUCUUGAGUUGGCAAUGCAGACAGCCGUUUUGGAGAAAGAAAUGGCCUUCGGUAUGGUAAGAAUAACCCUAGAAUGCGAAAAGAAGCCCGAAAAGGAACUUACAGAGCUAUUAGAAGAGCCAUUAUGGACCGUGUAUUGCAAUGGGAAGAAGACUGGUUAUGGAGUCAAGAGAGAGGCCUCGGAGGAUGAUUUGCAAGUCAUGGAGCUCCUCAAGCCCGUAUCCAUGGGCGGCGGCGUGUUGCCCGGAAAUUGCAAAGUGGAAGGCCCUGACAGUGAGUUGGCUUACAUACGAGCCCAUUUUGAACGGGUCGUGGGUUCAAAGGAUUCGGAGACUUUUUACAUGUUAAGCCCAGAAGGGAAUAAUGGGCCUGAGCUUAGUAUAUUCUUCGUGAGGCUUUGACACAUGAAAGGGUUGAUCGAUCAUUCAAUCAGACGGUAAUUAGGUUUAACACGUGUCAAUCAUCGAUUCAUGACCGUCUUGGGAUAUGUUCUUGAUAGCCAUGGAGAUAUGCUGCCAAUAGAUGAUAGUGAUUUGUACGGAGGAGAAAAAUUGAUGGAUUAAAACACCCAAUAUGGUUUAUUUGAAAAGCAAUACCACGUGUACAAAGU